UGCUGAGAUGAUUAAGCAAACAAACCCAGGGAGUCAUGCACUUAUAACAUGGGGGGCCAGUAGUGGGGAUGUGAACCCAAAAUUCAGAGCUUGCUUCUUCUCAUUUGCUGCACAAGUCAGGGGGUUUCUAAGGGGUUGUAGGCCCAUAAUUGGAAUAGAUGGGGCUCAUUUAAGUGGUUUCUACAAGGGCAUUCUACUGACAGCAGUUGGCAUAGAUGGGAACAAUGAAAUUUUUGUUCUUGCCUAUGGGAUAGUAGACACUGAGAGUUGUGACAGUUGGACCUACUUCAUGAGAUGUUUGAGGCAAAUGUUUGAGCAGGAGGGUUGCAACAGAGAUGAUUGGACCUUCAUCAGUGAUAGGAUGAAGGGUGUUGAGUUGGCAGUUAGAGAAACUUUUCCUAGAGCAACUAGGAGAGUUUGCUGCCAACACCUAUACAUGAAUUGUAAGAACAAUGGCUUCAGUGGAUCUGCAUUCCACAAGCUCUUUUGGAUAGCUGCUAAUGCAUACAAUGAGUAUGUGUUUGGUAAGACCAUGGAAAAGAUCAGUGAGUACAAUGCAAAUGCCACUGCAUACUUGAACAGCUGCAUUGAGCAGUGGUCUAGGCAUAAGUUUGACUCUACUGUUUGUUGUGAUCACAACACAACAAACUUUGUGGAGUCAUUCAAUGCAUGCACAAAGCCCUUCAGAGACAUGCCUGUCUUCUCAUUAUUGGAAGCAAUCAGAAGUUGGUGUAUGCAGAGGGUGGGGGCUAGAUUUGACAAGGCAGUUGACAUGGAGGAAGGUCAGCUCACUGCAUAUGCAUUGAAAGAGUUAGAGGAGAGGACAGCUGAGUCCAGGUUAUGUUAUGCCACAGCAUGUGGAGGGGGUGAAUUUGAGGUUAGGGAUGGACAUGUCAACUUCCCAAUUAGGCUUGCAACAAGAAGUUGUGCCUGUGGGAAGUGGCAGAUCUGUGGAAUCCCCUGCAAGCAUGCACUGAGGGUCAUAUAUGACCAAAGGAUUAACCCCCAUGAUUUCAUAUCCCCAUGGUUCAAGGCUGCUGCAUACAAGCUAACCUAUGCAGAACAUAUUCAUCCUAUGGCAGAUCCAUCUCAGUGGCCUGACUUUGGCCUUCCUUCCAUUCAGCCUCCAACCAUCAAAAGACCAUCUGGCAGACCUGCUAAGAAGAGAAAGAGAGGGGCAAAUGAAUCAAAGAAAGGGAAGAGGAACACAAAUGUGAAAUGUGGAAAGUGUAGAGAGUUUGGUCACAACUCAAGAACAUGCAAGAGUGGAGGAACAAGUGCCACUGGACCAAGCACUUCAAAGAGUGGUGCAGCAGGAGCAAGUACAUCAAAUGGGGGACCAAACACAAGGAAGAGGUCAAAGGCAGCUGCAUAGUCACCUCAGUUGGCUAUAUUUUGUGAAUUGUAGUGCACAAAGCUAAACUAACUUAGUCAAAUCAGUUUAGUCAGAAUCAGUUUAGUUAGAAUCAGUUUUUGGAAACAGUUGUGCAGAGAUCAUUUUUUGGAAACAGUGAAAUGCUUAGAACACCUCUUUUUGUGCAGUUCAGUGGUGUUUGUCCACUUAAAGUUCAGUUUAUGUAAAGCUUAUUUGCUUGAACAAGUAUUUAUGGAACAAAGUCUCUUUAUUUCAUGAAAUUUGUUACAACUUUA